AUGCAUUUGCGUGAUGCUUUGAUUCCAUUUCGUCCGGAAGAUUAUUUCAACGGAUUCUACGAUGUUUAUAAAUAUGAUCGAUCAAGUCCAAAAUUUUUCAUUUAUAAAUGGCUAAGCCGAGUAUUUCUGUUCGUCUCAUUAAUUGCCCUCAUUUUCACGUGCCACGUCAUCCUUACCGCCAAAACCAAAGUGUUGAACAGCUAUCGGAAUCUGCUAAUGUGCCAAAUUUGGCUCUUCGCGUUGUCGAGCUUCUUUGCCGUCGCUUCGACCGUUCACCUCAUCUAUCCCUAUCGAUUUUUCAUCACCGACAAAAUUUUGAACGUCAACAAUCUGCCAAUCAUCUCAAUGUUGUGCUGCGUCGUGGCAACCGCUUCGGCCACCAUCGUCUCAUUCGAAAUCAUGUUUUGCAAUUGCAUCAGAACUUCAAAGGGAUUCAUGAUGGGAACCCAUAGUCAGGAAUUGAAAUUGUAUUAUUUUCGCGUUACUUCAUAUAUAAUCAUAUUUUUCUUGGCUAUCAUUAACAUCAUUUUAGUCAUCUAUGGAACAAUACUGGAUAAUGAGCCAAUUAAGCUCGCCUCGAUUGAAUAUGAUCCGAGACUCAUCGAAUUCUAUGAAGAGAAUUACUUGGAUGUAAUCAUCAUAACAAUCCCAUGGGAUAUCGUAUUAACCGAAUUGAAAGUUACAAUUAUAAUCGGUAUUCUUGGACCGAUUUCAAUAUUUUUAUUAACCACGUAUUUCAUCAGAAAAUAUUCGUCGAUGACCUCACAACUUGUGCAAACCCAGCAGAAGCUGAUUCUCCGAUUGGAGAUCGUCUAUUCAUUGUUGUUUCUCGUGUUCGUUUCGCCGAUUAUGAUCAUAUUUUGGUCGAUUUAUUUUUUCGUCAUCGAACCAUUGAAAUGGUUUCCAAUGUAUUAUAUUGCAUUUCUACCUUUAGCAAUGUCAUCAUUCUUCAACUGCAUCGCCCAAUUAUGGAUUGUCAAGCCUUAUCGAGUGUUGGCCGUUCAGCUUCUCACCGGAAAAUCGGAUUACCACGGUUCUUCGUUCAAGUUCUUCGUGAUCAAGACCAUCGGCACAAUCGUCAUCGAUUUCGUCAUUGUGAAAUUGUUGCCCAGAAAUGUUCGAGCGCACGCGCCCUUCUUCUGUCGCGUCGUCUACUACAGCCUCUUUGAGCUCAUCAUCGCCGAUGGAAUGAGCUUCGCGAUGUGGCUGGUCCUUCUCAUUGAUUUGAUGCGUUCCUUCUCACGUCUUCUCAAUUGA